AUGCUUUCACGCGACGUGAGAGUGAUUAUACAAUGUUAAUUAACGACCGGGAUCCAGGUCAGACGAGUUCACUUUCAUCGGGGGUAAAGAAGGGUCAUGCUAACGAUUUCGAGACGUUUCGGCCCAAGACAUAUCGGCCCCAAAUUACCCAAUACGAAGUAUUUUUAAAUCCACAGCGUGGACAGACAUUCUUUUCUUAUAGAAAAAAAAAUACUUGAUUUUUUUUUCGAAUGUAUUAUCAUAAAAGAUUCCAUAACUAAUGAUACAACGAUGCAAAAAAGAAAAACCGAUGCCCAUGAAAAAUUUUAAUGUGUUCAACUUUUUAGUUGCGUAUGACCUAAUCUUCGAACAUUAUUUUUUAGUUGCGUAUGACCUAAUCUCCGAACGUUUUCAACAUUUUGAUUUUGUUAAAAGAAUAAAUUUAUACAAGUUAUAAAUACCACUUACAACAUCUUCAGAAUGUCACAAAAGAAGAUUUUUAAUUUCUUUCAAAGCACGGAGAAGUCAAACUCAUUGGUAUUGGUGAAGGGUAUAUUGAAUGACUUAGUCAGUGAUGUUAUUAUUAAAAAUUCAUCAAAAAAACACGAAACUGUAAAUGACAAAACAUUAGAAAAAUGGAAACAAAAUUACCCAUGGUUAAUUGUAUCUACUAUGCAUGAAAAAAAGACAUUGAAAUGUAAAUUAUGUUCUGAGUUUAAAACAAGUACAAUAUGGGCAAAGGACGGUACAACCAAUAUUCAAAAGUCUACUCUUGACCGUCAUAAUGAAUGUGAUCCCCACAUUGAAGCAUGUAAAUUAUCUAUCAAAAAACUUGAUAUGGAACUCGCACCAGAGAACAAGUUGGAAAAAGGUAAAAUUGACAAUGCAGAUGUGUAUCUAAUGAGAACAGUGUAUAUGGUAAUGAAAGAAGAGUUACCUUUAGAUAAAGUUAAUGCCAUUCUUGAAUUACAAAGAAUUAAUAAAGCAGACAUUUCUUACCGAAAUUUAAGCUGGACAACCAUCACAGAAAUACAAAAUCUGAUAGCUCUUAUACUCAAGGAAGACCUUAUUCAAAGGUUGAGAUCUUCAGAAUAUUUUGCCAUGUUGAUUGAUGAAACCACUGAUGUAUCAAUUUCUAAACGUCUCUCUAUUUGUGUAAGGUAUAUUCACAAUGGUAUUCCGUACACUGAUUUUCUUGCUAACAUUGAGUUAAGUGAUGGAUGUGCCCACACUAUUGUUACUGCAUUAUUAACUUAUUUUGAAAAAUGUGAAAUUAACACAAGUAAGUGUGUUUCCUUAGCCACAGACGGAGCUAGUGUCAUGGUUGGAAAAAAAACUGGGGUUGGUGUACAGUUGGUAGCUAAAGCUGCACCAUUUUGCGUACAAACACAUUGUGUAGCCCAUCGACUUAAUUUAUCAAUUACAGAUGCAAUUAAAGACAAUGAUGCAAUGAAAAAAUUUAAUGUGAAAUUUGGUGAGCUAUUUAACUUUUUUAGCAAUUCUGGUAACAGAACUUACACCUUACGUCAGAUGCAAACACUCCUAGAUGAACCUGAACUUUCUAUUAAGGCCCCUUAUCCUGUCAGGUGGCUAGGUCUGAAACGUGCAGUGGAAACAGUACAUGAAUGUUAUGGAUCACUAUUGGCAACACUGUCAAGUAUAGGUGUGAAUGAUACAAAGGCUAAAGGCCUUUACAAGUACUUUUCCUCUUAUAAAACUGCUAUACUUAUUGGUUUAAUGUGUGAUGUUCAUGUGGAGUUGGGAAAACUUUGUUGUACUCUGCAGUCUGAAAAACUUAUGUUUAGUGAUGUACCAGCUAUUGUGGAAAGUACAGUGAGUAUGUUGAACAUUUUGAAAACUAAUGAUGGUGAGUGUUUUAAAAUCAUGAAAGGAAACCUUAGGUAUGAGGAAGACAAGGUCUUUUAUGGCAAUGAAGAGCUGACAAAUUAUUCUCUAAAUAUAGAUUCACAAAUUGAAACUGUAAGACAGAAUUACUUAAGUAAUCUCAUUAAAAACAUAAAACGGAGAAUACCCAAACAUGAUAGUAAGCUAAUGUUGAGUCUAAACGAGGUCCUGGAACCAUCUAUUGUAAGAAUGGCCUCUCCAGAAAGCAAUGAAACUGCUCUGCAGUGUCUGAUAGACCAUUAUGGUAAUGACAAAGUUAUAAAAUCAGUAUCUGGUAAUAUGAUCAGUGGUUAUGUUGAGACUGUAAAGCCUGUUGUGAAAAUAAUUCAGAGUGAACAGUUGCUUAAAGAAUGGCCAGGUGUUUGUGGUAUGAUGGCAGGUUGUUACAAAAAUUUGAGCCUUCCUGAGUUCUGCCAACGAAUAAUUCUUAAGCACAAAGACCAGUUCCCAAACAUAGCCAAACUUGCUGUAAUAGCACUAUGCAUGCAGGUGACAUCAGUUGAAUGUGAGCGCUCAUUUAGCACUCAAAAUCGCAUAAAAAGCAAAUACAGGGCCUCCCUUGGUGAUGUUUCCCUUGAGGCUCUCAUGAGGGUCAGCCUGUUUGGACCAAGUGUUGAGAAUUUUGAUAGUGAACAAUGUGCUAGGCAGUGGUUGACCAAGAGAAGGCGAAAAAAGAGACUUACUGCGGAGUACAAACCAAGAGAACCAAAAAGAAUGAAGCUUACGAAGUGUUGA